AUGCGUAAUCAAUCCAUUCUUUCUCUUGCGCUGGUCGCAUUUGCUACUACCUCCCUUGCUGCUCCAGUUUUAGCUGAACGAGGUAUGCCCAUUGGGGAUCUCCACGCUGCAAUUGUUGCCGCUGGUGUAGAUUUCGACCACUUAACAACACGCGGCCAGGCCGAAUUCACUUCCCUCGCUGCCUCUGCGGUUGAAAAAACUGUCGAAACGCGAGAUGAUGCUGCCUCUCUACUUGCUCUCCUUCCGGCAGGCCAUGGCUCCUCAAAACGUGAACCAGAAGAAGAUUCUAAGAGAGCGAAUUCUGCCGCUGGUCUGCUUGCUCUUCUUCCACCUGGUCAUGAGAAAAGAGCCGAGAGUGCUGCUGGUCUUCUUGCUCUUCUUCCACCUGGUCACGAGAAAAGAGCUGAUACUGCUGCUGGUCUUCUUGCUCUUCUUCCACCUGGUCACGAGAAAAGAGCUGAUACUGCUGCUGGUCUUCUUGCUCUUCUUCCACCCGGCCAUGAGAAAAGAGCCGAGAGUGCUGCUGCCCUUCUCGCUCUUCUUCCAGCCGGUCAUGGCUCUUCAAAACGUGAGCCAUCGGAGGAAGAAGUCAAGCGAGCCAAGAGUGCUGCUGCGCUUCUAGCCUUGCUCCCUGCCGGCCACGGUUCCGGUUAG